UCCGGUCAGUAACGUUACCUGUGUCGGACUCGGGUUGAUUUGAACUAAUGCUAGUUAACGUAGGGAGCUACAACGGAUGCUAAUGCUUUAACAAAAACGUCACUUUGUUAACGUUGCUUGUGUCCCACCGACUGCUUAACACAAACUUUGUAGUAUGUUGUUUGUCCUCAGUAACUACAAUUCCCACAAUUCACGUAACGUAACGUAACGUAACACACGCUCUUUCUGGAACCUUGACGACUCUUCUGGCGUAACUUACUUUUUCAGAAUAGCUAGCUAACGUCAGUUUGACCCAGCCUACCAUUCAAGCAGUUCACGCCACAGGGACCUUUUAUGUGGGGGCUAUUUCUGCUUCAAUGUGGUAUCAAUAUUGAGUUAGUAAGACUUUAAGCAUGUGAAGCCUGUUGCUGUGUGCUAAUGGCAUUAUCUCAAAGGAAAACGUUGUGAACUGACGGACGAUAGCGAAACAUCAACAACAAAAACACGAAGGGGCAGUGCAUCUGCACAGGUCGGUCUACAAAAGCUACAACUAACGUUACAUGUCUGGUUUAGUUAUUCAAAGUUGUUAUUCAGCGCAGGGAUAAAUCUGUCAUUGUGUAUUGUCGUGUCACGUUAUAAUAAUAGACAGUUUUACCCGUAACGCUAUACUAAGAAUACAGUGGCGUGGUAGCUAGCGAGAUAAUCAGCCAGCUGUCCUCGUGUAAACAGAUUUAUAACUUGUACGUCGUGGAGGUUUAAGAAAAUGGCUUUAACGGUUUAUCUGAUCGGUAUCACUACUUUAUAGUUAUCUAUCCGUGUGUCUCUUCAAAUCAUUUCACCGGCUGGACCACCAUGCAUCAUCCUGCUCCCACAAGCAGUGAACUGGGGUUUCUGCCAGCCAUGUAUUCAUUUUCAGGCCCCACAAGCCUUCCUGAAUUUGACCUCGGAUCUCCAAGUACGUCCCGCCAUCUACAGAGAGCAACUCUCUCCAACAACUGGGAGACAAGAUGCCUCAGGAAGCACAGGAGGAGAAUUGAUGAUGAGGGAUGCAGUGCCAAAAGGAGGAGGUUAAUGUUCGGGGCAGAAGUGGAUGUUUCAGAAAACUCAAACACGAGCACUCAUGACUGGCCAACAGCAAAUAGCUGCUCUCCUCUGCCUGCACAGAGAGCCAGCUCUGACCUUCCACAGCGCUGCCCAGAAUCUCCGAACUCGACUUUGCCACAGCCCUCCGCCGCUCUGCCCCGACCUGAGCCAGAGAGCUCCUGCAUGGAGAUAGAGGCAGCUCAGAGGAAACUUCAGGAGAUCGAAGACAGAAUAACGCUGGAGGAUGACGAUGAGGAUGAAGAUCUUGAUGUAGAGCCAGCCCCGAGACGGCCAGUGUUGGUGAUCUCUGACAGUUUGAAGGAGGGUCUACAGCGCGGCAUCAGUGACAUCCUGCCGCACACAGUAGCCCAGUCUGUGAGCCAUUCCUGCAUGGAGUUGGUGUUGUGGCGGCCACCAGACGAUCCCUUCUGUCGGAAGCAGAAGGGUUCAUUACAGAAACAGCGUAAACAACAGACAGUAUCUCGGCAACCUCCGACUCGGUGUCCAUCUCCCACCCCUCACGGUCCCCUCAGCCCCUCUAGUCCACCUGCAGACACACACUCUUCUCCAUACAGCUUUCCUGUAGCCCAUAGCUCUGGAGAGGAGGACAUGGAAAUGUAAUGGUGCUUGAUAAUUGAAAAGCAUGCCAAAGUAAAAGACUUGAAACAAAAGACUAUAAAGGACUCGGAACCACUUGAAAUUGGUCAGUUUGGCAAGGCCUGUUGGCUUUACAUAAAUAUUGUGCUGUUUGUGCAACACGUUUUGGUUUACAGUCACUCAGUUUAGGGUUGUUUUUUUUAGAAUCCCAUACAACUAUAUUUAAAAUGUAACAAUAAAGCUGACAUAAUCUAGUUGUAUUUAUUUAAUUCUCCGAGACAACUGUCAUGAUCUCAAGACUUUGACAAGUUCUAUUUGCAGCCUUACGUUACCGAUUUUAUAUAGCUUACAGAAUGAACUUUUGCCCUCAGAUAUGAGAUCAGUUGUACAGCAUUUUGCCAAAGCCUGACCAACACCGAUGUACUGUACAUAACUUUGAUCUUUGUUAAACAUUAGUGUGCAGCACUUGCAUUUUGUACAGUUUUUAUGUUCUUCAGGGCAUUAACAGGACACUAAAUAUUGUUCCUGUGCGUUCACCUUUGCUCACAGUAUGACUUCCUGCUUGACUCCCGUUGUGGUAGAAAGAUUAUCUUCCUAUAGUGUUUAGUAAGUACGCCAUCUGUGAGCUUUGAGAAAUUUGUAAAGAAGUUAUGGAAAUGCUCCUUUUUAUAUAAUUUGAUUGUAUUUUCAUAUAUAUAUACACAACCAGAAUUGCAACCAGCCAUGGAGUGUUAUGAUCUCAUGUUUUUAAAUAAACUCUUUCAUUGUCCAGAGA